GCCAUGAGCAAGAAUUAUGACUCCUUUAAAAGGGCAAAAAAGUACCACAACUCCAAGAGGCCCUUGCUUGUUUUGUCUUAAUAUCAUCUUUUAACUAGUUUGAUAGAAUAAAUUUCAAGAAUAUGAUUGAUAUAAAUUAAUUGAUUUCAACAAAACACAUAUUUUAUUUGUUGUCAAAUCUUCUUACACCUGUUGUGGAGUACCAACCACCGAUUUUUGGGAAUUGGAAAUUUCUUCGACUCACCCAGGCACGAGCUGGCCACGUUGAUAAAUCAUCGGACAGAUCACAUCAUAAAAUGAUUUCGAAAAUGUGUUUGAAUACUGUGCAUGCUCGAAUUUAGGAUUUUUUAUUUUUUAUGUUUUUUCAACCUUAGCCCUUCCAGAAUCCGGCCUAUAUCCCUCUCCGUCGCCGGAGACGCCGAUCUGGGUCUAAUUAGUGGCGGCUCAUGAUGAAGGCCUGAGAAGAAAAGAUUUUGGGUUUUUGUGGAAUCGCGGAAGAAUUCGAAUGGGGGCAGAGACGACCUCGAACUCUGCUUCUAGGGGUGGCGAUGGGGAUAGCCACCGCGAGACCCAGGUGGUGUUGAACGUCUACGAUCUCACCCCUCUCAACAGCUACACCUAUUGGUUCGGAUUCGGGAUCUUUCAUUCCGGCAUUGAAGUCCAUGGUAUGGAAUAUGGUUUUGGAGCUCAUGAUUUCCCUGCUAGUGGAGUGUUUGAAGUGGAACCAAGGACCUGCCCAGGUUUCAUCUACAGAUGUUCCAUAUCAUUGGGUCGUAUGACUAUGUCUCCACAUGAGUUUCGGACAUUUAUUGAGAAUGUGGCUGCAGAGUAUCAUGGAGAUACCUAUCACCUCAUCACCAAGAAUUGCAAUCAUUUCACAAAUGACAUCUCCUGGAGAUUGACAGGAAAACGGAUCCCUGGGUGGGUGAAUCGCCUUGCCCAGCUAGGUUCUGUAUGCAGUUGUCUCCUUCCAGAAAGCCUUCAAGUGUCUACUGUUAAACAGCUUCCUGAAUACCAUGCAUGUUCAGAAGAAGAAGGGACCGAAUCUUUCUCAACUACAUCCCCAUGCGAGCCAACAGAAAACAAUGACACAGAUCUUAAGCACCUGCUCUCACCAUCAGCUGAAAGUGGAGAAGUAGCUUUUAUUAAGGAGGUCCAAAGGUGAAACCAUGCUGCCAUCUCAAAAGGGGGAAGGAGAGGGAGAUGCUGAGUGGAGAAAUGGCACUCUGAAACUGUCAGCACUAUCACUUUGGAGAAUCGCUGUGCAGAAGAAAAUCACAGGGUUGCAAUUUCAGUGGUCGAGUAGCCCUUCAGUCAUUGCAUUUCAUUUAGGGCAAGCAGGGAUGUUUGGUAGAUUUUUCAUAUUGUUCUUUGACAUUUUGUGCUUCUGUCCUUUCCAAUAUUUGUGUGGAAGUGAAGUUGGGAAUGAAAGCAGUGGUUUUGCAAUUGAUGAUUUGUAUUGCUUGUUUUGUAUGGAGCCUGAGCUAGUGUAAGUGACAUCUCCGUUUGAAUGUCAUGCAAUUCAGAAAUUGAAAGACAUUGUUGGAAA